AUGGGAUUUUCAUUUAGUAAAUCUGCUACUCAGGUAUCUGCCAUGCGAAUGGAUUCAAAAGUGGACAGUCACUUAAUGCAAGGGACUGAGAAAAGCAGGUUGAAACCAGUGACUCGUUUAUUUCAAAACACCAAGAAAAUAAGAUUAGAAGACACAAACCAAGAAAACUUUUCAAGUAUUGAAGGAAUUGGCCCAGGAUCUCUUUCAAAGAAAGCCUUGGGUUCAGUGGUAUAUGUUAAAGAAAGUGAUGGACUAGAAAUGACAGAUGUGGAAUGA